GUAAGCCCAUCAACGAAAAUAGUUUAUUAUUUUGUAGGUGUACGAGUUGGGAUAUGGUAUAAUGUCUGGAUAACUCCGCAAACGGCAGAAAUGUCUGAGAAACUACAUGUAGUUCCAAUGGAGAACCAACCAAUUAGGCCUGAUCCUGUGAUACUGGCCUUUGACAUAGAAACUACAAAGCAGCCUCUUAGGUUUCCAACUGCGGUCUCAGAUGUCGUUAUGAUGAUUUCAUAUGUUAUUGAUGGGAGUGGAUAUCUCAUUGUUAAUAGACAAGUCGUUUCCGAAGAUAUCCCCGACUUUGAAUACUCUCCUAAGCCAGAGUUUCAAGGUCUUUUUCAAAUAUCAAAUGUUCCCGAUGAACGUCUGCUACUAGAGAGGUUUAUUGCGCACAUACAGCAAUCGCGUCCCACGAUUAUUGUUUCAUAUAAUGGCGAUUUUUUCGAUUGGCCCUUUAUCGAGGCUAGAUGUGCUGCAAAUAAUCUAGAUUUUUCCGCACUGCUGGGCGUAUAUAGACACGGCCCUGCAGCAUCUUCCGAACAAAUAUCUGAAUUUCAAAAUGAAAAUGAGGAUUCAGCAAAAAAAGGAUCGCUUGCCUUUUAUUCGAGUUCUUGGGCCACACACAU